AUGUGCACGGCCCGGUCCAUGAAUUACUUUGAUAAAGAUGCAUCUGUUGAUAGUGGUGAGCUUCUUCUCAAGAGAUUUCUUCAAAAAUAUUAUGCUAAGCGUUGUGUUUCUCUUCAUGCUGCUGGUUGUACUAAAGACAGUGACUGUUGUAAUGGUAAUACUUGUCUUACUUAUCGUAAUUAUAUUCUUGCUACUAGUAAUCCUCGUGAUUCUCGUCUUCGUGGUGAUCUUCCUGCUGGUAAUUAUUGUUUCGAACUUUAA